CAGCCCGCGAGGCCAGCCGUAAAAGGCCCCUCACGCCACUUCCGGCCGGCUUCCGCAGACGGCCCUGGUGGGCGAUCGUGAGGCGCCGGAGGACGUUCCCCGCGGCCGGAGCCAUGGAGAUGCCGCUGCCGCCCGACGACCAGGAGCUUCGAAAUGUCAUCGACAAGCUGGCCCAGUUCGUGGCUCGGAACGGGCCCGAGUUUGAAAAGAUGACGAUGGAGAAGCAGAAGGACAACCCGAAAUUCUCGUUUCUAUUUGGUGGCGAGUUCUACAGUUACUACAAGUGCAAAUUGGCGCUAGAGCAGCAGCAGCUCAUCUGCAAGCAGCAGACCCCAGAGCUGGAGCCGACCACGGCCCUGCCACCCCUGCCGCAGCCCCCACUGGCCCCUGCUGCACCCAUCCCGCCAGCCCAGGGAACCCCGUCCAUGGACGAGCUCAUCCAGCAGAGCCAGUGGAACCUGCAGCAGCAGGAGCAGCACCUGCUGGCCCUCAGACAGGAGCAGGUGACAGCAGCUGUGGCCCACGCGGUAGAGCAGCAGAUGCAGAAGCUCCUGGAGGAGACCCAGCUGGAUAUGAAUGAGUUUGACAACCUGCUGCAGCCCAUCAUUGACACCUGCACCAAAGAUGCCAUCUCGGCCGGGAAGAAUUGGAUGUUCAGCAAUGCCAAGUCCCCCCCGCACUGUGAGCUGAUGGCCGGCCACCUCCGGAACCGCAUCACGGCUGAUGGGGCGCACUUCGAGCUGCGGCUGCACCUCAUCUACUUGAUCAACGACGUGCUACACCACUGCCAGCGCAAGCAGGCCAGGGAGCUGCUGGCCGCCCUGCAGAAGGUUGUGGUGCCCAUCUACUGCACCAGCUUCUUGGCUGUGGAGGAGGACAAGCAGCAGAAGAUCGCCCGGCUCCUGCAGCUCUGGGAGAAGAACGGCUACUUUGACGACUCCAUCAUCCAGCAGUUACAGAGCCCGGCCCUGGGGCUCGGCCAGUACCAGGCAACCCUCAUCAGUGAGUACUCCUCGGACGUCAGACCAAGCCAGGCCAAGGCCAACGACGACAGCACGCAGCAGCAGCAGCAGCAGCAGCAGCAGCAGCAGCAGCAGCAGCAGAUCCAGAUGCCACAAAUGGAAGCCGAGGUCAAGGCCACGCCGCCGCCGCCUGCCCCGCCCCCGGCCCCCACGCCUGCCCCGGCCAUCCCGCCAACCUCCCAGCCUGAUGACAGCAAGCCUCCCAUCCAGAUACCUGGCUCUUCUGAGUACGACGCCUCAGGAGGGGUCCAGGACCCUGCUGCCACCGGGCCCCGGGGCCCUGGGCCCCACGACCAGAUCCCACCCAACAAGCCCCCAUGGUUUGACCAGCCUCACCCUGUUGCUCCUUGGGGCCAACAGCAGCCUCCCGAGCAGCCCCCGUACCCGCACCACCAGGGCGGGCCGCCCCACUGCCCACCCUGGAACAACAGCCACGAGGGCAUGUGGGGCGAGCAGCGCGGGGACCCCGGCUGGAACGGCCAGCGCGACGCGCCCUGGAACAGCCAGCCCGACCCCAACUGGAACAGCCAGUUCGAGGGCCCCUGGAACAGCCAGCACGAGCAGCCACCCUGGGGCGCGGGCCAGCGCGAGCCGCCCUUCCGCAUGCAGCGGCCGCCGCCCUUCCGUGGGCCCUUCCCACCCCACCAGCAGCACCCGCAGUUCAACCAGCCGCCGCACCCGCACAACUUCAACCGCUUCCCACCCCGCUUCAUGCAGGACGACUUCCCCCCGCGGCACCCCUUCGAGCGGCCGCCCUACCCGCACCGCUUCGACUACCCCCAGGGGGACUUCCCUGCUGAGAUGGGCCCUCCUCACCACCACCCCGGCCACCGCAUGCCUCAUCCCGGGAUCAACGAGCACCCGCCUUGGGGAGGGCCCCAGCACCCCGACUUCGGCCCUCCUCCCCAUGGCUUCAACGGGCAGCCCCCUCACAUGCGACGACAGGGCCCUCCCCACAUCAACCAUGAUGACCCCAGCCUGGUCCCCAACGUGCCCUACUUCGAUCUCCCUGCCGGGCUGAUGGCCCCCCUUGUGAAGCUGGAAGACCAUGAGUACAAGCCUUUGGAUCCGAAAGACAUCCGCCUCCCACCCCCAAUGCCACCCAGCGAGCGGCUGCUGGCCGCUGUGGAGGCCUUUUACAGCCCUCCGUCCCACGACAGGCCCAGGAACAGCGAAGGCUGGGAGCAGAAUGGCCUCUAUGAGUUCUUCCGAGCAAAAAUGCGGGCCCGGCGGAGGAAAGGCCAGGAGAAGAGGAACAGUGGACCCUCGAGGUCGCGGAGCAGAUCCAAGAGCCGAGGGCGCUCCUCCUCCCGCUCCAACUCAAGGUCCUCGAAGUCCUCCGGCUCAUACUCAAGGUCAAGGUCUCGUUCCUGCUCCCGUUCCUACUCCCGCUCCCGAUCCAGGAGCCGCAGCCGAUCUCGCUCCUCACGAAGCCGCUCCCGUUCCCGCUCCCGCUCCCGCUCCAAGUCCUAUUCCCCCGGAAGGAGACGUCGGUCCCGGUCCAGGAGCCCCACCCCGCCUUCCUCGGCUGGUCUGGGUUCUAAUUCAGCACCUCCUAUACCUGACUCAAGGCUCGGGGAAGAGAACAAAGGACAUCAGAUGCUGGUGAAAAUGGGCUGGAGUGGAUCUGGCGGCCUCGGCGUGAAAGAGCAAGGGAUCCAGGACCCCAUCAAGGGGGGUGAUGUCCGGGAUAAGUGGGACCAGUACAAGGGCGUGGGCGUGGCCCUGGACGACCCCUACGAGAACUACCGCAGGAACAAGAGCUACUCCUUCAUCGCCCGCAUGAAGGCCAGGGACGAGUGCAAGUAGGCGCGCCUCGGGCAGGAGCCGCGCCAGGGGCCGGCCACGUGGGCCGGCGGAACCUUCCCGGCUUACUGGCAGUGGAAGAUGGUAGGGACAUCUCGGUUCUCACACAGUGCUCCACCUUGGGGAGCGAUAGGAGAGAAGGAAGACUGCAGCAGGCGUGACCAGUGCUUGACGGCGUGGAAGGCCCAGGCCCCACCCGCAAACCAGCUCUAAUGUAGAAGCAAGAUUCACGAGGAGGUGUCCGGCCAACGCAGCCACGAGCUCAUUUCCCUUGACAGUGAAGAGAGAAACACAAGACUCCCAGAGAAGGAUGCCUGGCACCUGAAGGAAUGGCUGCCUCGCCAUCUCCCCUCAGAUCCGAGCCUCUUAAACCAGUGCGAGUGUGCCGAGGGGCCCUGGGCGAGCACGCCAGCCCGCUGGGGACUGGGUGCCGAGGGGCCAGCCCUCCCACUCUCUCCCAUGGGUUGUGUGUGAGAAGGCUCAGGCCAGGCGCUGGUAACUGCUCACUCUUUAAAAGUGGAAAAAAAAAAGUUUUGAUUUGCAAAGUUAAACAGGGUUUUCAUUUUUAUUCCAAAUGGUUUAGUUUUAGAAAAAAGAAUACUGAUCUAGGCUGAUUCCCAGUGAGAUAAUUUGAAGCCUGACUCCUCUGAGACAUACUGGCCACCAGUUCAGUUAUUUUAGCUGUGUGAGUUUUUUUGUUUUGUUUUGUUUGAAUGUUCGCCAUUUGCUGUUACCUGCAGAAACAAAAGGUUCUAAGGAAGCUGACCUGAGGCAUCUUCAGAUCAUGGAACGACACCGCCCUCGGAGGAUCUGUGCCCUUAGCGUCUCUACUUGCGUUUUUCACUUAGAGGAACCCCCACACCAGCACUCAUAUGCGACGGCCCAUUCGCAUCCAGGGUGUGGAGAGUGACCACUGGCCCCGCCACCUGCUCUGUCACUUUGCCUGUCCCCACCCACCCCUAAAGGGAGGGGAGGCGGAGGGAGCCGUCUCUGCCGGGAGCCCGGGGUAACCGCCGGGAUUGGCCACACUUGGCUGGCAGCUUGGUGCGGUGCCAUUUGUUUGUACAGAAACAUUUUUGAAAAAUUCUUUUCAAUAAGACACAAAGUCCUCUCCAACUUUUCAACCUGAUGUGAUAAAAUACUUGAUUUUGUUCUAGGUUUCCUGUAGCUGUGAAUUGUUCAAACGUGUCUGAUUCAGGAUCAAAUGUAAACAUACGUUGUUAACAAUUUCUUGUGGAUUUUACUGUUUUGCCUUCAAAUAAAGACUUUUUUUAAAGA